CUUCAAAACAAGUGGGAGGUGUAGCUAAAACGUGUUAUUAACCUCUAGUUUGGUGGAUUUUAAAUGUAAUAAAGUCCAUAUUAAAUAUAACGCCUAUGAAAUGCAUUCAGUCGAGUACAGUAAUAGGAAACAGAUGUAAACGAGUGCUACCUUAAACGCAGCUUUCUAUUGAGAGUCUCUGGACACACGUCAGUAAAGUUGUUUAGUUCAUUAUUAUAUCAUUAUGUGGGGUGAGAUUGAACCUCCUGUUAAAACACAGCCCAGGUUGUCUGAGAGGGAUGAGCAGAGAAGAUUACCAGAAGACACGGUGACACCGGCACAAGAACACAGCCCCGCAGACUGUCAGCAGCUCCCGCAACACACCAAGCAGCUCCCGCAAGAGACCCAGCAGCUCCCGCCAGAGACCCAGGCUGUGUCCCGUUCCGUGACUGACAUGUUGGAAACCAUAGUGCUGAGUGGAAGCCUAGUGAAGAGCCAGCAGAUCGGAGAUGCUGAACUGACCCCAGAGGAGUGCAGAAAGGAGCUGCUGAAUCAGUUCAGGAGCAAACCGCUGGUGUUCCUGGAGAGGUACCAUGCCUGCCUGAAAACCCAGCAUCUGUCAGAAUUUACCCACGUCAGCUCAGACCCACGUGCUCAGUACUACAGCAAAGUGAUACAGAGACGAGCUGCAGGAUGCACCAACAGGACCAGGGUCCGAAACCAUCGCUACGCUGCCCUCAGGGCCCUGCAGAAUGAGGGUCAGUAUUUCAGUGAGGAACAGAUGCGUAUGAGGGAGCCACUGCUAUAUGAACAGUAUAUCGGCCAAUACCUGACAGAUGAGGAGGUGCUGGAGCGCUCCCAGGAGGCCAUGAUGGACGGUGCACAAGGGGGACCAGGAGCACCCGGGGGAGGCACAGGAGGGCUCGCACACCUCCUCCUCAACUCCUACCAGGAGCGUCUCAUCCAGGAUCGCCUGCAGGAGGAACAGGAGAGAGAAGAGUGCACACAGGAGGAGGAGGAUGAGGAAGAUGAAGAUAACACAGUCCAGGAGAAGGCAUGCGAGCCAACCUCUGAGGAGAAGGCUCUGCUCAGGGAGGAGUUCAUCAGUCAGAUGCACCAGCGCUUCCUUGAUGGCAAAGACAAGGAUUUCAACUACAGUGAGGUGGAUGAUAACCCAGACUACGACAACCUGGACAUAGUCAACAGAGAUGCGGAGGAAAAAUAUUUUGAUGAAGAUGAUGAGGAGGAGGAAGAAGAAGAAGAAAACAUGAUAGAAUAGUUGCUGUUGUAAUAGUAAUAACUAUUUAACAGUUUCUGCUCUGAGGGAACUGUGAAUAAAAAUGUACAAAAUAAUAUGUAUUCUUUUUUUUAAAGUUACAUCUGAAUGUUUAACAGCUGGUAAUAAAUAUUGUUUUGUGUUUUUUUUUGCAA